AUGGCAGAAUCGCGUAAAACACAACGACGAACAACUCAAGAAGCUCCUACUUCAACAAAAACAACUGAUUUACCAAAUGAUCUGCCGACAUUAUUUUCAAAUCUUCGUCAAAUUAUAUUAAAAAAAGCAAAAGAUGAUGAACCAAUUGACUCAACUAUUUUUCAAUAUAUUGAAUUGAUAAAAAAUAAAAUUCGAGAUCUAACUAAACUUACUCAACCUACUGAAAUAUUCGAUGCAUUACAAGCAACAUUAAAACUUUAUAUUAAUGAUAUACUUUCAAUAAAAAAUGCGUUGAAUAUUCUUUCAAGCAGUUUACUUCAAGACAUAUUUACUACAUUGGAUGAUGCAGAAGAAAACCUCGAUCUCGCUGGAGUAUUCCAAAAUAAUCCUAAGUAUGCUCGUACUGUAUGUUUUCGUUCAUUUGAAUUAUUAGCAUUAUCUCUUAUAACAGAUUUUCUUAAUGAAAAAUGUCCUAUUGAAUUAUUCUCACAUACAGCAAGAAUUUUACAAGGAAUUAUAUAUCGUAUUUUAACAACUGUUGAAUGUAUUGUAUUUAAAAAAAAUGAAUUACAAAAUUUUAUACCAAAUAUUCGUUUACUUCUUGAAUAUGUUGAUAGAAAUAAACAAAAUGUUCAUCAUAGUAAUAUGCCAGAAUUGAUUAAGGCUAUAUUAAAUUUUAUAUGGAGUUUAGUUGAUGAUACUAGUUUAGUUCCAACUUUGAUUGAAACAAAUUGUCCAGAAUAUGUUUUACGAUGGAUAUCAAUGGAAGAUUUACCUCUUACUAUUCAACGUGUAUGCCUACAUAUAAUAGAGAAUUUAGCAAGACAUGAAAAGGGUGUUAAAGUAUUGAAUAGUGCAAAUUGUUUAGCUAUCCUCUUAAAUUUUAAAAAACGAGUACUUGAUCCAAAUAAAACAAAUCAAGAUGAUGUAUAUCCUGAAUUACGUUUAGUCUAUUGUAUGGCUGUAUCAUUAUUAGCAGAACCUAAAGAAAAUCGAGAAGAUUUAGAUUAUCUUCGUAAAAUUCUUGAUCAACUUAUGCAAUUAGCUGUUGAUGCUGGUCAAUCAGUAAAUUAUAAAUAUGGAGGAUUUCAUGUAAGUGAACCAAUUCUUGUUUUAACAAAACUUUGUGUACAUGAUGAAAUAUUAAAAUAUGUUUUAAAUGAAUCAAAUGUUAAAGGAAUGGAAGCUAAAACUAAAAUUGAAUUCUUUUGUAAAUUAUUAACUAAAUUUCGUGGUGCAUUAGCAUCUGAUGAUGAUCUUGAUCAAUUAACAUUAAUUGCUUUAUUUAAUAUUCUAUGGAGUAUAUCAUUUCAUGACGAAUAUAUUGAUGAAUUAAAAUCAUAUCCAAAAUUUUUAAUCACAGUUAAAAGUUUAGUUAUUGAUGAUGGAGCAAAUACAGUUGAACAAUAUAUACCUAGACCUUUGUCAUCAUUAACAAAAGCAGCUAAUGGAGUUCUAUGGAAUCUUGAUGAAAAUAAUCCAGGUAUCAAUAAAAAGAGUAAAUUAUUUAUGAUUAUUUUGUUAUGUUUUACAAUUUUAGCUCGAGCUACUCGAUCAACAGUAGAUCCUGAUACUCAAGCACUAAAUCAAAGUGGUACUAGUAGGGUCCAUCGAAUGCAUGUGAUGGUUAGUUAUUCACAUGCGGAUUCAGAUUUUUGUCAUCAAUUUGUUGAUGCACUUCAAAAAGAUAAGCGUUUGGAUAUUUGGGUAGAUUUUGCAUAUUGUCAUACAGAAGACUUAUGGGAGGAAAUUGGUGAAGCAAUUGAAAAAGCGGAUCUUCUCCUGUUUUUAAUGUCAAAAGAUUAUCAAGAUAGUAAAUCAUGCCGACAAGAAGUAAUGUAUGCAAAAGAUUCUCUCAAAAAACGUUUUAUACCAAUCUAUGUCAAAAAAGAAUUUACAGCAACUGGUUGGUUAGGUGUUCGUAUUGUUGGUCCACAAUAUAUUCGUUUUGGAAAAAAACCAUUUGAUGAAACAGUUAAUGAACUAAUGAAACUUAUUUUUGAAGAUAAAACACAACAAGAAAAUAAACCGUCAUCAACUACAGAAAAUAAACCUCCAUCAGUUACAGAAACUAAACGUCCAUCGGUUACAGAAACUAAACCAGUCGAAACUACAACUCAACAAAAAAAACCUGAAGAAAAUAAUUUAACAAAGCCUAAUGAAAAUAAUUUAACAAAACCUGAUGAAAAUAAUUUGACAAAAUUGGAUGAAAAAAAUCAACCGGAAUCCAAUGCAAAACCUUUAAAGAAACCAGUAGAAAAGUGGACAAAAAAAGAUAUUACCCAAUGGUUUUCAGAUAAUCAAAUUGAUCAACAACUAAGUAAUAUAUAUGAUUUUAAAUAUGGUACAGAUCUUCUUCUUUAUGGAGAAUGUCUUCGACCUGACUGGCAAAUUGAAUAUAACGAUGUUAAACAACGAUAUCAUGAAAAAUAUCAAAAACAAUUAUAUCGUGAUCAAUUUGUUCCUUUUGUUCGUGCUGUUAAUGAAUUACAGACAUUAAAACCCAAAUCCAAAUCCAAAUCUAAAUUAUGUACUAUCUCCUAG